AUGGCACCUCACAGAGAAAACGAGUCGGGCGUGCCCACCUACUGGGGCAAGUCUGGCAGGAUGUUGCAAGUCCUGAUCACCAUCGUUGCUACCACCGACUUCCUCCUCUUCGGAUAUGACCAAGGUGUCAUGUCCGGUAUUGUCUCCGCCCCCGCAUUCGUUGCAGCUUUCCCCCAGGUUGACGGUGAUCCUACCUACGAAGGUUUCGUUGUCGCUAUCUACGCUGUCGGUUGUUUCAUCGGUGCCUGCUUCAUCUUCGCCUUUGGAGACAGGCUUGGUCGUCGCAACUCUAUCUUCCUCGGUGCUUCCAUUAUGAUCGUUGGUGUCAUCAUUCAGAUUGCCUCAGUUCCUCCCAACGGCGGUGCUACUGCGCAAUUCAUCAUUGGACGAUGCAUCACUGGUAUCGGUAACGGCAUCAACACCUCGACCAUCCCUACCUACCAGGCUGAAUGCUGCCGUGCGAAGAACCGUGGAAAGGUCAUCUGCAUUGAGGGCGGUAACGUUGCCGUUGGCACGUUGAUUGCUUACUGGAUCGACUACGGAUGUCUUUACGGCCCUGACAACUUCACCUGGCGAUUCCCCAUCGCUUUCCAGUGUGUCUUCGCCAUCAUCGUCAUUAUCAUGAUGACCCAGCUUCCCGAGUCCCCACGCUGGCUUCUUACCCACCACCGCGAGGAAGAAGCAGCUACUGUCAUGGCUGGUUUGAACGGUCUUCCUCGCGACGACCCUGAGGUUACAGUUCAGAUGAACAUCAUCAAGGAGGCCAUCCGCCUGGCUGGUGGUGGCGGAAAGACCAAGUUCUCCGCUGUCCUCACCAAUGGCAAGUCUCAGCAUCUCCGCCGCAUGCUUUUGGGUGCUUCCUCCCAGAUGAUGCAGCAGCUUUCUGGUUGCAACGCUGUCAUCUACUACUUCCCCAUUCUGUUUCAGAACGCUCUCGGCACUACCCACAAUUUGGCCCUGCUCCUCGGUGGUAUCAACAUGGUUGUCUAUUCCAUCUUUGCUACCACCUCUUGGUUCCUUGUUGAGCGCAUCGGUCGCCGCAAGCUCUUCUUGAUUGGUACCGUCGGACAGUGCUUGUCUAUGAUUCUCACCUUCGGAUGUUUGCUACCAGACACUCCUUCCGCCGCUAAGGGUGCCGCCGUUGGUCUCUUCACCUACAUUGCAUUCUUCGGUGCCACCUGGUUGCCUCUGCCCUGGUUGUAUCCCGCUGAGAUCAAUCCCAUCAAGACCCGUGCGAAGGCCAACGCUACCUCCACCAUCUCCAACUGGCUCUGGAACUUCUUCAUUGUCAUGAUCACUCCCGUUCUGAUCUCCAGCAUCAGCGCUUACACCUACCUGUUCUUCGCCGUUCUCAACGCCAUUUUCUUCCCCGUCAUCUACUUCUUGUACCCUGAGACCUCCGGUCGCUCCCUUGAGGAGAUCGAUCUCAUUUUCGCCAAGGGUUACCUCGAGAACAAGAGCUACGUCUUGGCCGCUAAGGAGCUUCCCGCCAUGGACGAGUCUGAGAUCUCCCAGUACAACCGCGAGUACGGCAUGGACGACACCUCCGACGAGGAGGCCGGCUCCGGCGGUGACUACAACGAGAAGAAGAGUAGCGAGAAGAACACUUCCGCGCAGGAGGACAUGCUUCCCCGCGGAGCUCCUACUGCUUAG